AUGACGAACCGGGUUCUAAAACGGAAACCCGAAUCGCAGACGAUCACGGGCUUUGUAAGUUAAACGAAUAUUACUGUCGGGAGGAUAGAAUAUUUUACGCGUACGGGUAAUAAUAGCCGUACUCGAAUUAUAAAGAUAUGACAAGUGCAGGGCUACGAGGCUUCAACAAAAAUGAACGUCCCUUAUAUCGAUUGAACUCGAUCUGACCCGCGGAUAAUUAGUAUAGAGGCACACGGUACGAUUUCUGAUUAAAUCGUCUGCAGCGUAAACGGUUCCCGUGCAUCCCCUCUCCUUCAAUUCGAACACUGCAAGUAAGUAUUAUUAUAGGCAAUCAAUGGUCGGAAAUCACUACUUUACAUUUAGUACGUUACCACUGUCGCUACGUUUCUAACAAAUAAAAAUGUUCUCAACAACCGUCGCUAAUCGGGUUUAUAAGUGUAAGGGGCUACGAAAUUCGCUUUUUUAUUUUAAUUGCACUCUGUGAGCUACAUCAUUUUACUUUACUAUAGACUAAAAUACAAAAAAAACCUCGAAACGAUUCAAUUUUUCUUUAAACUCGAAAUUUUAUUUGCGAAAUUUACACUGUUUUCAUAUGAACUUUCAUGUAAAAACACUUGUUACCGCGCUAUACAGUACGCUACUUACCAAAAUUAAAUCGUACGCUACCAGUAUCGCUCACAGCAGGAUUUAGUACAAAGCGCAAAAUCCAAUAAGCUCUUAAAUAUUAAAGGUCCCGGAGAUCCUAGUUCUCAGAUUGAAUAUUCGUAAUAACAUUUUAUUGUUUAUUGAAAAUGUGCAAAUCCUAAUUUGAUUUUUACAAUAUCUUUUAUAUUUAUUUGGCUCGAAUGCUCGGUAUAAAUAUUUGUACAAUAUUUGCAUCUUUAACUUUGUGUCUGAGGCCUAUUAGUUUCAAAAGGAAAAUACUGAAAAAAGACGAGAGUAUUUUAUCUAUAAAAUAUCAUAUUUUAAUUUUUACAUUUGAAUAGUAACACUACUGUUAUACUAUAGGACAUUUUGUCACGAAUAUCUCGGAUAGGAAAAUUACGUGGGAAAACGUCCAAGAGGAAGACCCGGACAAUUGUACUUCAACAUCAGAAACACCGAAUGUGCUUCACUUCGUACUUGCAACACCCGGAGGAUUCGGCGCACGGUAGAGAAGUUUGGUUGCAUUGAUAAGACCUUGCAUUUGAAAACCGAUGACGAUGAAGAUGAAAUAGCGUAA